CUGUGUUUUUUCCACUGAUUGGGGGGAAGACAAUGGGGGAAGAAGAUGCAUUGAGAACUGUAGACUGUCUGAGAGGGAGAUUGCUAGCAGAAAGAGUUGCUUCAAAAAAUGCUAAAGAAGAGGCUCAACUUAUGGGAAACAAGUUGAUUGAGCUGGAGAAUAGGUUGAAAGAAGAAACUAAAUCAAGAAACAGAGCUGAAAAGAGGCUUAAAUUCCUUAUGAAGAAGCUUCAGUCCAUCAAUGUAGCAUUUGUAUCAGAUGAAUCAGAGAAUUCAUGUUUGACAGAGGGCAGUGAGGUUUCCUCUGCAUCAUACACAGCCUGUUCUACCUCAAAAGACUUGGAAGAUAAGAUGCCCAGAAUCGAAACUGCCUGUUCUUCAGAAGGCGAUUCUCCAGAACCAAUGGAGAAUGCUAAAUCAGACAAUAAUGAGAACACUGAGGCUGAUUCCAAGAACAACUUGGAGACUUCAGCAGAAGAGAAAGAGAUGAACGAUUUGGAUCGAGAAGAGAGUGUGGAUAACUCAUUGGCAUUAGUACCUGUCGAUGACUUACCAAAGCCAAAGCAGGCGAUUGAUCCAGCCGUUCUUGAUGCCACUGUAAGAGAUGUUCUUGAUUCUCUGAGACACGCCAAAGAGAAACUUCAGAAUCAGAUGGAGAGAAGACGGAUGAUUACAGUCGGGUAGAUAGGAAAAAAAAAAAACUAAAUGUAUCUGCUAAAAACAAACCAUGUUUCAUGGUAUGAGCAUAAGAAAAGGUUAGAGGACAGUGGUUGUUUUGUUGGUCUAUCAUAAUAAGUUUAAGUCUCUAUAGCUGGUUCACCAAAGUAUAGUAUAGUUCAGGUUUCUUGUUCAUAUCUUUCUUUGAAUUGAUUGCUAUGCUGUUGCAGAUUCAAUGACAUAGCCCACUAAUUCCCCUUGUGCCUUUCCAA